AUGAACACUACGUCAACCGCCAAAGAAUUGGAGGCCCAAUGGAUAAACCCUGGCGAUGUUUCAACCAUUCUUUUCAUCCUCGGUGGUGAUAUCGUUCAGAAAGCCUUCUCUCAAGGGACCGGCAAAGCCUAUGUGCCCGUCUGUUUUUCUUUUGGCUGUGCUGCUUAUGCAUUCAUCGGACUUGUGGGUAUCAUUGGCGACGGCCGUCUUCUCUCGCCACCUGAUUACGCAUGCAAGGUUCUGAACCUGGGUUCAGGGUAUCUGCGUGAGAGCAGGAGCUUCGUUCUCGGCAGGUUACUGCGUGACAUGGAAGCGGUCGAGUCUCGCAUGUCCGUUGCAGACGACGAAGACGGCGACUAUGCCCUGAGAAUAUCGGUUUUCGAAGCAACUUGGAAUGGAAAUGACCCCACAAAGUUCUCUUGGAGUUAUUUACACCUCAUCGGCAUGGUUGUGACCCUGAUUCAGUUAGGGAUUGCACUUGUUCCAUUCUUUAUCAAUCGUUCCUGGAAUGUCCUUCUGAUCACGGCAGCGGGAACUGUAUUGGUCCAGUUGACUGGCAUUCUGCCUCAAUGGACAGCGGAAAAAUUGCCCAAUCGACAACGAUCCGCCCAGAUAUUUGCCUUGACAACAGGAAAUGGAUCACGGGAUAUCAUGGUCAUCCUAGGCUACGGUCGGUGCCUGGAUCUGGAGGCCCUGGCCUCGAUGCCAUCACCUCGAAUCAGUCGCCCGUGGGAAAAGUUCCGAUGGCUCUCGAAACCUCAACGCAACAAGAUGAAGGAGCCCAUGAUGCCAAGAAGAAACACGAUGCUUCGAAAUGCGAAGAGAUGUGCUGUUUGGCCAGUCCGGGGGCUUCCGCUGGGUUUCAUCCUCACCCAAACUUCCUUCAUAAUCCUUUCGGUCUUGUGGCUUCUUCUUCUCAUCAAUGUUUCUGGAAGUCGAAGUAUUCCCGAGACCUGGUGCAUAUUGGGGGUUGGGGGCCUGGGAAUGUUCCAAAAUGCCUGGCUUGCUGCCGCAGAGGUGCCAACCAAGUUACGAAACUUGCCUCUUAAGCGAGUCGAUCGUAUCAAGUCGCGCAAAGUCAUGGAUGCUAUCAUGGACUUUCACACCACGUAUGGUCGAGGAACUUCCUUGCGCAACGAAUUCUUUCCAGGCGAAUUGAAGCCCGAGGAAAAGUCAUGGUGGCAUGGGGAUUACUCGCAGUACGAAAAGAAGAGAAGAGAAGACAAAUUGAGGAGUGAAUCAAGACGCGACAGCCCAAACAAGUACCCAAGGUUUCUAUAUGACGGAACAGAACUUGAAUACCUUCACCAAGCAGAGCCUUUUGUGCUGACGGACGACUUCGACAGCGGACGCCAAUACCCAAAAGCGUCUCCUGAGGUUGAUGUAGCCGGGUCAAAACAGUCUACUAAAGGCUCAGAUUCAAAUGAACCGACCGAGCGACGGCAAUGGGAUAUCGAAAGAGGGCCAGAGACAUCUCACAACGCAAACGAGAAGGUAACGAAUACGGACGGAGGCAUUGACGUGGAUAACAAGAAACGCAUGGUAGACGGGGCAGGACUCAUGAGGUUGUCUCCUACAACGCGCCAUUCACUUAUCAUGAGACCGAGGACGGACAGUAUGAAGUCCAUCCCGUGGGCAACAUAA